CAAGUUAUAUAAUUUUCAAUGAGAUUUGGCAAGAAGCAUGAUUCUCAACCAUGCCGUGCAUUUCACCGAAUUCUCCCCUAACCAAUUACAUUUAAAAUAAGACCACAAACCUCGAUUUGUCAAACCCUUCCUCAGUUCUUCUCCCUCUAGUGCUCAUUCCCCUGUUUCCCCUGUCCUGUUCUUUAUAAAAACCACACUCUUCCCCUCAACAUUGUCAAUUUUCAAAACCCCCAUUUGCAAAUUCAUUGAGACACAAAACAACCAUGCCAAAGAAGAUUCAAAAAACCCUCCAAGAUUACCUCAUCAAGAUCAAAAACCCACACUCUCAAAUCCAAUCCUUAUCCUCCCCGAAGAAAUGGGCUCUCUCUGGCUGCAAGCAUCCUAAGACACCAUCAUUUGCCAUCUACGGCGUCCAAAGCAAUAAUCACAAUCACAAUCAGAAAGAUGAUGCAGCCACCCUAGCAGACGUUGAUCGCUUCCUCUUUGAGAAUUUCAGGUCUCUGUACCUCACAGAUGAUGAUGAAACAGAGCAAAACAGAGCAAAAACAGAGCAAAACAGAGUAAAAACAGAGGAAAACAGAGCAAAACAGAACAAAAGUGAAGAUGAAGAAGAAGCUCCAACAUUAGCCUCGUUCUUGUUUGAGUCACCGAGAUUCAUUGACCCGCCACCGGAUCUUUGCGGGUCGGCACGAUUCUUCGUUAAGCCAGGGAAUUCAGGGUCGCUGGUGGAGGAUGCUCUGUCUCUGACAACAACAAGCGAUGAAGCAGGGUCAGGUUCACUCACCACUGUGAACGAUUCUUCAUCAUCUUCGAACUCACCCCAUGAUUCAAAGGGCACUGCUUCUCUUCCUGAUAACUGUGUGGCCUUAUUGACAUACUCUCGGAGUCCUUACGAAGAGUUCCGGCGUUCCAUGGAGGAGAUGGUGGAAGCGAGGAGCAGAGACAACCGUGAAGGGGUGGCGGUGGUUGACUGGGAUUUCAUGCAGGAGCUGUUGUUCUGCUACCUGAACCUGAAUGAGAAGAAGACACACAAGUUCAUUCUCAGCGCUUUCGUUGAUCUCGUCGCCGACAUGCGGCGGAGUUCGGAGACUGCAGCGGCGGCUCCGGCGAAGCCACGCAGCGUUCGAACUGUUAGGAUUGGUGGGGAGGGGAGGAAGAAGGCCAAUGGGGUAAUGUUGGGUUUUGGUUCCUCCUAAUUUUUAUUUUUAUUUUUUUGCUUUUCAUGAAAAAUUUAAAAAUAUGAAAAGUUUUGUUUUGGACAUGAUCAUGUAACAAGGAUUUUCUUUUUCAUUUUUAACUGAAUAAUAGUUUUGAUGUUUGAGAGA